AUGUGUUCAUAUCUCCGUACAGAACCUGAUAUUAAUGAUGAUCUCGGUGAACAGGAUUUUUCAACCCUCGAAAAUGCUUACGCGAUCUUGAACCAGGUGGUUUGUGCAGUUCGGCUAAGCGGGUUUUUGUCCUUGGCCAAUAUUCUUGCACAAGAAUCUCCGACGUCAGAAAGGCAGACUUGGAUUGAUCGAGGAUACACCACCAAUCUUGUCUUCGCCGUCUUUCGACUCGGAUCUCACUUGAGUUGUGUGCUCAAUCUACCACCCCUACUAAGAUUUGAAGAAUUUGAUCUUCCGUUCCCGCCUACAAAUGCCGCCUGGAAUGCUUCAGACGAGGACUGGAAACGUACCUUGGACGACGAUCCUCCACACAGAACGCAUGGAGCCUUCAACUACCUUACCAUCUUGGCUCUAUCUCGGCUCAGCCCAGUAGACCGUCUUAAGUUACCGGGCUACUAUACCCAACAAGACUUUGAACUUGGCCUCUGCACGAUGCAGUCCCGACUGUGGGAAGAAACGCAAUGUCAGCGACUUAGCCAUGAGCUUGCUAUGGGUCAAUCACAUCUUGAAUUGGACGAGCCAAGGGAUAAACCCGCCCCUUUUCAUGGUGGAUUCGGUCAAAGUUGGCCUGUUUUGCUCGGAAUUUGGCGCGUUACUAUGGAGCAGUUCAGGCGGUCACCGUCCCGAUACUCCGGUGUUGAAUCUGAGAAAGAAGCCUACUUUACGGGCAUCACACUGUACCAUGCCUCGUUGAUUCGCGCUCAUUCGGACUAUUCUCUCAUUCGACGCCUGGCAUUCGCGCUUUGCGAAGGGUCCACGCCGUCGAAUUAUAUCCGUCAAUGGGAACUGAAUAUCCAGGAUUGGACUCGGUCACACGAAAUCAGGGAGGCUCUGUGGCAUGCUGCACAGAUUGUACGGUGCUUUGCUGAUGAAACACAGACCCCUGACAAAAGGGUGGGUCAAGACUGCAUUGUCACCUGCGUUGCCACUGACUGCUUGUUUCGUGCUGGGCUGGUCAUCUGGGUACAUGUGCGGUCAACAAUGGCCUGCGACUUGUGUGGCCCAACGGCUGCAAUGCCAGAAGAUCUCCAUCAGCGGUACUGCUCAAACCGCGACCGGGAAGCCGUUGAGCUGACGACGCUUGAUCAAAGCUCGAGAAGAUACGAGAAUUGGUUAAGAAGGCGCGGCAGGUCGUGCGUCGAAGGUGUGCUGGUUUGCGCCUGCAGAAUGCCGAUCUUGCUGAAAAGAUGCUGCGAAUUGUUGCGGGAGACUACGCGAAACUCAAACCUACUGAAGAGAUACUUGGACAUAUUCGAGACCCUCAUGAAGCACCGAUAG